UAGCUAGCUAGCUAUCCUUCUGGCUCUGUGGCUGACAUAUCUAGCUGGAUAGAUAGCCUAUGUUACCCGUUGAGCUAAAAUGAAAGAUAUACCAAGUUGAUACGUUACAUUUUUGGGCAGCGCCACUCACUCAGCAUGAGCGCUAGGUUAACUAGAGGAGGAUUAUAAAGCAGUGAUCCAGGGCACUUUGUUUAUUAUUAUCGAUGACGUUAUAAUAAGCAACUACAUACGUAGCUAGUGGUCAUGAACUUUGGGAUAGUCUUAUUAUGUACUGACGCUGUUUACAAGAUCAUCUUGAGGACGAAGCAAUUUGCUUAUAAGCAAUAUAAGCUCGCACUACAUGCAGGAAUCAGACAGAAGUCAACAGUUCAGUAUGCAUCACGACCCGACCUGCCAAAGCUGGCCUAUAGGAAGGUGAAGGGGAAGAGCCCGGGGGUGGUCUUCCUCCCAGGGUUUGCCUCCAACAUGGGCGGGCAGAAAGCAGAGGCCCUGGAGGAGUUCUGCAGAUCCUUGGGCCACUCUUACCUAAGGUUUGAUUACACAGGAUGUGGGGCAUCGGAGGGCGUGGGGGCAGAGUGCACAGUCGGCAGCUGGAAAAGAGAUGUUCUGUUUGUGUUGGACGAACUUGUGGAUGGACCACAGAUCCUGGUUGGCUCCAGUAUGGGUGGCUGGCUCAUGCUCCUGGCAGCCAUUGCUCGUCCAGAGAAGACUGCAGCCCUGGUUGGCAUUGCUACUGCCGCUGAUCACUUUGUCACAGCCUACAAGUCCCUUCCUUUAGAGGCGAGGAAGGAGAUCGAAGAGAAAGGGGAGUGGACGGUGGCCACCAAGCACAACGAGGAAGGCUCCUACACACUCAGCACGACGUUCCUGCAGGAGGCCGAGAACCACUGCGUCCUGCAGUGUCCCAUCCCAGUGACCUGCCCCGUGCGCCUCAUCCACGGCCUGAAGGACGAGGACAUACCCUGGCACAUCUCCAUGCAGGUUGCGGACCGCGUGCUCAGCACAGACGUGGACGUCAUCUUGCGCAAGCACGGACAGCACCGCAUGGCGGAGAAGGACGACAUCAAGCUUAUGGUCUACACCAUCGAUGACCUCAUAGACAAGCUGACCACGCUAGCGUGAGUGGGUGGGGCCGUGCAUGACUUGGUGACCCCCCCCUCCACCCCCACGUCUCCUGUCCUCAGAUGACCGUAGUCUUCCUCCCCAUGGCCGGUUCGACCCCAGUGUGCAAAUAUGAGUGAGGAGCAGCAUGAGCCAGCAGGCUGAGAGAAAAGAAACUUAUCUGAAAUAUUACGGGCCCUGUGAGUGAUUUUCUUUUUUUGUUUUUUUUUUUUUACAGUUUACUUUGUUCAGUGUUGAGAUGGUAUACCUUUGGGAAUGCUGCUAUAUCUGUUUGACAAAGUACAUAUCCUGCUGGAGACCUUUUCCAGAUAAACACCAGGUUGCAUAAUUCCUGUGCCUUUUUUACCACUUCACAUAGUGUCACAAUGCUGAUGAACCCAAUAAAACAAUUUGUAUCCCAGAGUUUGUGUCUCUCAUGUGGAGAGCACUGUGGUGUUCAUAUAUGUUCACAACAUGUAAUAUCUUCACACUACAUUUCUGUAAAGAAACAUUUGCAGCCCUUUGUAAUGAAGCAUCAUUGCAACAGCUCUUGUACACAGAUUCUCUGUAGUGAAUCAUUGGCACAACUUCUUUCUGUAAUGAAGCAUAGGUCUAGCUGCAUUUUGUAAUGAAGCAUUAUUACAACAGCUGUAUACUGAAGCAUUCACACAGCUGCUGUCUGUCUUGAAGCAUUAUUACAGCAGCUCUCUGUAAUGAAGCAUUUACACAACUGCUCUCUGUAGUGAACCAUUGCAACGGAUCUCUGUAAUGAAGCACUUGCACAGCUACCUUUUA